AGAACGGUGCGAUAUAGAUUUCUUACAGUACAAAACUCUCGCCGAAAAUUCUGAUUUUUACAUUUUGGCCAAACUCAAUAUUUAAAACAGAAUGUCUGUCUUGACCUGGGGCCUCGGUGUCUCUGGACAACUAGGUUCUGGCGAUAAAUUAACCCAACAUAUUCCAGUCUCAGUGAAGUUUUUUGCUAAAGAAACGCCAAAUUGUCGACUGAUAUCCUGCGGUGGUUUGUUUACGUCUAUUUUAACUGACGACGGUCGAGUUUUUACAUCUGGGUGUUGUAAAUAUGGUCGCCUUGGUAACGUUCAGGUCGAAGACGAAGUCGUAUUUAAAGAAGUGAAACCUCUGGGGAAACAGCAUAAGCAGAUAUCAAGUGGAAUAUGGCAUGGAGCUACUGUAACCAGUGAUAAUAAUUUAUGUGUUUGGGGUCAUGGUAAAGCAAGUGGUAUCAACCAAAAAACAUCCAUACCCCCGACUAUUUCACCCUCCAUCAGAGUCACAGGAGUUUCUUGUGGUUUCAAUUUCACUCUUGCUUGGUCACUGGAAGGUCAAGCCUAUUCAUUUGGAAGUGGACAUUUUGGUGUUUUAGGACAUGGAUCACUGGAUAAUGUUUCUUCACCCAGGUUGAUAGCGAGUUUAAGCAAAUAUAAUAUUGUGUCAAUGUCUGCCGGAUAUAGCCAUUCAGGGGCCAUAACUCAAGAUGGAAAACUUUUUAUGUUUGGUAAAGGUGCUGAUGGGGCUUUAGGACUUGGUGAGGAAAAUCGUGAAAAUAAAAUGGAAGCUGUUGAAGUAGCCAAUGACAGUAUUUGUUUUAAAACUGUAAGUUGCAGUGUCGGAGAGCAUCAUGGCCAUACCCUAGCUACAUCAUCUGAGGGUGGAGUCUAUUCAUGGGGGGACGGGUAUAAAGGCAAACUUGGGCAUGGAGAUCAGGGUUCACGAUUUUUACCCACAAAGAUAGAUCCAGCUUGGUUUGAUGGAGAUUGCAUUAUCCAGGUUGCUUCUGGCGGUAUACAUAGCUGUGCUUUAAGUUCUGAAGGUCACGUUUUUACCUGGGGUUGUGGUAGUGAUGGCCGUUUAGGGCAUCCAGAGGGCAAAGGUCACAGAUAUUUAUUUAGAUCAGACACUCCUAAAAUAGUAGAAGAAUUAUUAAAAUAUAAAGUUUUACAGGUUUCCUGUUCAUAUUAUCAUACAGCAGCCAUUGUGGAAAGAAUGCCUACCUUUAAAUGAGAGAGAGAGAGAGGGUUUAACCUCCACUCGCCACAAACUAGGUCAUUUCGGGAUUAACACAUGGUACAAUUUUAUUUCAAUAAUUCGCUUGUGCGUAGGGGUCUUUAGCAGUGGGAGGAAACCAGAGGACCCGGAGAAAACCCACAAGGUUGGACAGGUGACCCAUCUCCUUGUCACGUAAAUAAAGUUAAUACAGGUGAAGUAUCUCAAGUGUAUCACAGAAGGCAAUAAACCAGGCCUAAAAAUAAUUAUUUUAGGAGGAUCUGACAAAAUGUCAGGCAAUGAUGAGCUGGUGUCUAUUAUUUUUGACUUCGCGCUGGAC